AAAUAAUUUAAAUUCUAUGUUCAAAAUAUAAUAAUUGUUUGAAGAGAAUGGGAUUCCUUUUGAAACAAAAUUGGACCCAAGAAAUUACCGAAAAAUUCUGGAUAAAUAAUUCACAUAACUAAUAUAAUAAUAAGAAAAAGAACAAGUAAUAUAUAAAAAUAUAAUUGAUUAGAUUAAUUUAGAAGAUGUUCUUCAAGAAUAAAUAUAGUUAAAAUAAUAAUUGGCUGAAUUGAUAAGAAAAGUACAUUAAAGUGGGAAACCAAGAAAAAAGAAUGCAAAUAAAAUAAAAUAAAGAAAAUAUGAAAUAAAGACAUUUGAAGCGUAAAUUGAAUAAAUAAAUGAAUAAUUAAGAGAGAGAUAACAUUAUAAACAGGCUACAUAAGAGGAAGUUGAAUUAUUAGGUAGUAAAAUAGCUGAAAUAAAAGAAGAAGCAAGUAUAAAAUUUAUUCAAAUAUUUGUAAAGAUGAAAGUAGAGAAGAAUUAUAAAGAGCAACUGCCACAGUUUAAGAAUUAUCGUAAUCAUAUUAAAAACUUGUUAAUUAAAGUAAUUAAAUAAGAAAUAUAUAUUUGAAUUUGUAAUAGGAGAUUAAAACAAGUUAGCAAAAACAAAACUAAUUGCAAGCUGCUAGUUUACAUUAUGAAUAAGAAUUUGAAAAAUUAUGUAAGGAAUAAUAAAGGCUUGAUCCUAAGUUAUUAUAAAAAUAAUAAAAACUAGAGGAAUUAGAAUAACUCAAAAAUAAAUUAGAGAUGGAAUUGUCUUAAAAAAAUAAUGAAUUAUAAUAGUCUAGAAUAUAAUUAAAAGAAUUUGAAGAUGAAUUUAAUAAAACAAAAAGCUAUGAUAAAUUAAUAAAAUCAGAAGUGAAAGCAUAAGAAUCAUUAUAAAUGGAGAGGAAGUUACUUUUAGAUGAAUUUUAGAGAAUUUGUUCAAUUAGUGGAAUAGAUUAAUUAGCUUAAUAAUCUGAUGAAGGAAUUAUGAAUGAAUUAGAUUAAAAAAUUUAAUAAAAUUAAGACACAAUUGAAUCUUAAGAAAAAAUGCUUGAUGGAUUAUAGAGUGAAAUAAAGUAAGAUAGCAUUCUCUAAUAUUUAGUGUACUUAUGGAAAAAGAGGAAACCUUUACUAUUAGAAGAAAUGAACUUCUAAAUAGAUAUCGUGGAUUAGAAAAAUAAAUGGAUGAUUUGGCUAAAAAGUAUGCAUAGUUUGAUAAAUGA